AUGGUCAAAUAUCGGGGCAUCGAGAUUUGCAUCAUCUCUCAAUUCGAUGUCUGCAGGUUACCUGAAUUCCGCUACCCGUCCUCACCUCAACCAGAGGACCCUUUCCAAGUUGACGGCAAAGCUCACAACCCUUCGUCCACUGCAUAUCCAACAGCUUCCUGUCAUGUCCCCAUCUACCCUGGAAGCCAGAUCUGGUUCGAAUACGCCAUUGACGGUCCUCAUCCUCCAGGAGCUGCCUACUUCUUCAAGCUCUCCAUAAAUGGCAAGGCAAUUACGGCUUGGGAUUGCACUGCAAAGCAUGGUUUUCAUGGCAAGAUGAUGUACAAUCUGCUGAAUGAAGGCUCAGAUCCAGUCACUGGUGAGGGUCUGGUUAGAAGGCAGGCUUUGAGAUUUGGUGACGGAAUCGAAGACAGGGAUAGAGGAGAGCUCGACGACGACCUGAUUCAGAUCAACGUCCACCGCAUCGAACAUCGCAAACGCAUUAGAGACUUACAACAGGGAUUGGGGGCAGUCGCCAUCAAUACCACCAGUGUUGAGGGUUUGCGCUUGACCAACAGCGGCCUUCUGGAACCAGGCUUCCGUCCUCGGCGGUACAAAUACCAACUCCUCGAUCCUAUCGAUAUGCCUUAUGCUGGUUUUCGAUUCUACUGCAGACCAUACGAAUACCUUGAGAAACACGGAAUCCUGCACCGGAGUCUGUCCACUAUGACCAGCAGCUCGACAUCUUCUGCCACGUCACAAGACACGGCGAACAACUCACGCAAUGCAUCACCGGCGAGGCAGGUCGUGAAGAUCGCUGAAUCUCCAAUAGUGAAGUGUGGAAGAGCCGACGAGUCACCUUCGAAGAAUGGGGAAGCCAGUACUCCGCAGAGCAAAUGCAAGGGAAAGAUUCGCAUCAUCAAGUCCGAGAGCUCGACUAGCGGUCAGCUUGCCAGCCCUGACAGCUCUUUGAGUGUCAAGACAAAGGAUAGCAUUGAAGAUCUGCUAUCAUCAGUGCCUCGGUCACCUAGAUCACCUCGUUCGCCAAAGAAAGGGUCGGAAGACGAGGCUGACAAGAUUGAACCUGAGAUGCCCCUGUCUCCAACCAAGUCUCCCAGAAAUACCCGUCAUCGCCUGAAAAAGAAACUUACCGUGAACAUCAAUGGGGCGGAUUUCGACAUCGAGAGAAAGAAACGUCCUUUGAGUCCAUUCACGAGUGGCGGAGUGCUUAGGAAAGCAGUCCCACAGACGGCUCCAGCCACAGUUACUGAGUUUGGUCCUACCGUAGAAGAAGAGAUUUCUUCCGAACUCAAACAAUACUACAAUGUCCAAGAACUGGACGAUGUGCGCGUCAUCCGAGACCGACAGACUAAGCAAUCAAGACAAUUCGGCUUUCUACGCUUUCCGACCCUGCAGGAGGCAGAAGAUUUUAUGGACCGCAAUUAUCCUGUCCUUUACUUCUAUGGUGACAACAACGAUUCUAACGGAGAUGCUUGCAAAGUUCGAAUCGCUUUCGGCCGUGAGCGGAAAGAUCAGAGUCGCUCUGAGGACACGGAUUGGAUUUGUUCGAAUUGUACCGCCAACAACUUCUCAACACGAAACAGAUGCUUCAGAUGUCAGGCAUUCAGACCAGAUCCUGCUUACGAAUUCCCUGCGAAAGCGGCGAAUGUCGGAGACAAUGAUGUAUCUCCUGACAACGCACCAUCACAAUUUCUGCUUCUCCGCGGACUCGAACUCUCCGUUACUGAAGAGCUAUUGGUGAAAGGAGUGUCCAAACUCAAUAAGCCCGGCACCAACGCAGCACAGAAGGAUGAUACUUCCAGCAAGAAGGGCGCUAAAGUCGCUUCAACAACCGGAGAUGCGAAUCUCGGCGCGAAGGAUGGCACACUUCGACGAGUUCUCCUGGUUCGUGAUCGAAAAAGUAACGAGAGUUGGAGAUACGGAUUCGCAGAAUAUGCUUCCGUCGAAGAUGCGCAAGCCGCUCUGACUCGAUACAACUCGUUCGACCGGUUCACCAUUGCAUCGAAGCAGGUACUUGUCAGCUACAUACACGCUGGAGUAUUCGUGCCUGUUCUCAAUCCGACUCCGGACAUCAGACGAUUCACGUUCAGUCCCAUGGGCAACCCGGCCAUGAAAUUGGCAUACUGGGAUGAGGCUGCUUAUGUCACGGAAGUAGCAGUGUCUGUGCCCACACGUUUACCUGAAGCACAGAAGACGACAGCGAAGGAUCCAGAGGGUCUGAAGUCCAUCGACGUAGAGAAGAGCAAGAAACGCAAAGCCCAAAUCGACGCCGAGAGUGCUAGCGUCAAGAAAGCGGCCCCGUCACACUUACAGUUCUGGAGCAACAGACAUGCCGAGCUUCAUGGUAUCGACCAGAAGUCGAGUAAUGGCGACCGUGCCACGUCGACUGACGACAACGGUGCUCCGCCGAGUCAGUCCUUUGCGGAUCCAAGCAGACAAUGCUGUUACCUGUGCAUGCGCCAAUUCAAUAGCGCCGCUGAAGUCAACAAGCAUGAACGGCUGAGCGAUCUACAUCGUCAGAAUCUCCAGGACGAAGCGAAAGUAAAGAAAGCGAGUGCAAAGCUAGAAAAGCAUGGGGCCCAGCAUCAAUCAACAUCUGCGUCGGCGCCUCAAUAUCGGGACCGAGCGAGAGAGAGACGCAAGGUCUACGGUGUCGUCAACAAAAAGGGCGAGCAGGUCGGCUCGUCGAACGUGGCGAAAGGUUCGGCGCAUGAAGACGAGGAGGACAACGCCCCACCCGUACAAUCCAAGGGUGCGUCUCUGCUGAGCAAGAUGGGGUACACGGCUGGGCAGGGCCUUGGGGCUAGUGGAGAAGGCAUGACGGCGCCGCUUGCGCAGGAUAUCUAUGUCGCCGGGGUAGGGCUGGGUGCGCAGGGUGGCAAGGUCGGGGAUGCCGUGGCAGAAGCGGAGAGGAAUACAAAGGGGCGGUAUGAGGACUUUGCGGAGAAGACGCGCGAAGGAGCCCGAGAGAGAUAUUCUAGGUUGGGAUGA